AUGCCCAAUAGAACAAGAUCUCAACUUUCUAGAAAUAGUUCACAGGCUAGGGCGAUAAAAAUACGUCGUCAUGGAGAAUGUCAAUCAGAAACUGAAAAUCGUCUUGCAAUACCCGUCGCGCCAGUGGCGCGCACCUGUGAUGGAUCAAAUAUUGAGGCCCACUGGUUUACUGAAAAACCGACACACGGCGCGCUGCGGUCAUCCGCACGUUUUCGUGAUGCGUACUGUAGAGUUCGCAAUCGAGUUUUAGCUCAUAGUAACAGAUCGGCUUUCACAUACGAUCCACAGAUUGAUUAUGCUCAACAGUCUUCCGUCCAAAUCAGAGCCAUGGAAAAGAUCUGCUCUAAAUGUUCUGCCAAAAAAUGGGCCGAUGAACCUAAUGAUUUGUGCUGUGCUUCUGGAAAAGUCAGUCUCCCCAAUAUUCAGGAGCCGCCAGAGCCAAUAAAAAGUCUUUUGACAAAUAAUAAUUUACAUAGUAGAAAUUUUCUAACCAACAUACGUAGGUACAAUAGCCUAUUUCAAAUGACUUCGUUUGGCGCGAAAGAAAUUAGAGAACAAAAUUGUAUGCCCACUUUUAAAAUAGAGGACCAAGUUUAUCACCUUAUAGGUAGUCUUUUACCACAAUCAGGCCAAAAUCCGCAAUUCUUGCAGAUUUAUUUUAUUUCAGACGCAGAUCAGCUAUCGUUGCGGUCAAACAUAGCUCCAACGCUAAACAUUGAUUUAAUUAAAGAACUACAGACCGCACUGAACAGCCACAAUAUAUAUAUACGAAGUUUUAAACAAAACUUAGAACAAAACUCUUUGGAUAAUUUAAAGUUAAUUAUUCACUCCGACCGCCCAAUACAGAGAGCACACCCGGGCAGAUAUAAUGCUCCAGCUGUAAACGAGGUAGCUGUCCUUUUGGUAGAUGAAGAAAAAGGUCCCAGAGAUGGUAUCAUGCUGCACGGUAGAGACGGCCAACUUAAAAGGGUCUCUGAAUUACACAGAUCUUACGAUCCUCUCCAAUAUCCAUUGAUGUUUGUAAUGGGAGAAGACGGCUAUUAUUUGACCAUUCCUCAAGAAGGUACUGCUCGUAAUAAGACUGUGACCUAUGACUUUGGGAUAGAAAAAUUUAAAAUUACUUGGGUCGUUGGACGUUUGUCAACAAAACGUAGCGCUGGUAAGAUUAUAUCGAAAACUAACUCAGAAUGUCGAUUGUCGAUCUGA